CAUCUGCUAUUUUCUUUGCUUAUCGACGAACGGGGUCAUAUCAGACUCCUCCGACCGAAUGUUUCAGGCAGCAAUUUAUCCGAACUUCUGCCGCGUGGAACAAUAAGCUACCAGUAUAAUCAACAUGCUUCACUUUUGCACCAUCUGUGGUGUUAUUAUCUCGACCGCCCCAGAGGAAAUAGAAACCGCACAACAUCCAGUGUUAGAAUGGUACCAGACUCUCCGCCUAGUCCGGCGCAAGGGAUGCUUGGCACCGGUCACACUUAGUGGUAUAGGCUACGUCAGUCCAGGGGAUGAAAUUGUUGCGCCGCCCUGCGCUGAAGAAUCAUUCACGCACUCAUCUGCAUCGCUUCAAACACAUGUCCCCUUCUUUGACAGAGGUACUGGACACUGGACAUUUCCUUUCCACGCAAUCUGUUGGAAAAUUCUGUUAGAAAGGGUGCCAGAGGCAACAUCUGAUAUUUUCCGGACGUGCACCACGUUACAUGGUCUGCUCUACUGUACGGUAUGGGAUAGGUUCUCGUUCCCUCGGCCGGGGCACGACUUUGGGGAUGCGGUUCAAUCUCAGAAGCCAGUCGGUAACCCAGUGCGGAAUAUGCUUGACAAGGGAUACACUCAUCUGUUGGCAGAUCCCUCGCGUCAAGCUGCUCUGAAAGAUUUUCCUUUCCUAGAUAGCGACUGCGACCCGUAUCCGCGUGUCAUGCGUCAACGUGACAAGGACAACCAUCAUUAUGGAGGAGAUGCCUUUUCCAAUCUUCCAUUAGAGGUCAUAUACAUGGUGCUAACGUACUUGCGCUCUGCUGGUUUGAAUAAUCUGAGACUGGCAUCCAGGUCCAUUUCUUCAGUCACUCAACCCCAGUCACUCCCACAGAAUUUCUGGAAAAGCCGCUUCAGCCCAUCCUUUGAGAUGGGAUAUGCGUUGCCGAUCGAAAGUGGUUCAUUCCUAAAUUGGCGGGAUAUCUACUUCAAAAUAAAGAGGGCGGUAGGACAUUCGCAGUGUUCUGAUGGACUAAAGAACCGCCAUCGUAUAUGGAAGAUCGUGUCACUAAAUGCCGAUCUCAUCGGGCAGCUUAUCACUGAAGUUUCCUUCUCUCACAUUAUGAAGUCCUGUGAUAGCUCCCCGGAUAAUCGAUCCACUGUUCGGCAAAAGUCGACUCGGUUCAUUACUACCCAAGAAACAACUAACCACCGCGGCCUGCUUGAGUCUGGAUGCAGAAAGCUAUAUAACUCAAAGCUGUUACUUCCUAUUACGCAGGGGUCAAUUAGGUCAAUCGAGACGUUGAUAACAGCCUUUAAUUCCCAAACUUAUAUCUCAGGCUUCCGCUUUACACUAGCAAAUGAUAUCGGAGAGAAAGCCACCCGUUGCCUGGGUUAUACAUCUUGCCAUAUGCGACCCUUAGCCAACCUUGACCCUUGUGAGUCCAUUGCCGGCUUCGGUGUGGCUAUAAGUGCUGGAGGGAUUGUGGGUGUUAGGUUGAUUGUGAGACGCGGCUAUUCCACCUAUAAGACAAAGUGGGUAGGUGAAACGGGUUGCGACGAACCUGAUAUUGCAUUCGGAGAGCUUAUUGCAGAUGGGCCCGUCGAUGAGCUGGCCAUUUCUGCACACUUUGAUUCCUUUAAAUUGGUUGCACUCGGCAUUAACGACGAGGCAUCACCCGAUGCCGCGCCACCUGCGCGACCUCAGCCAAUAUGGACACCAUACUGCCCGAGAGACACCUCGAUUCUCUUGCCUCAACCUCAAUUUCCCGGAUACCAGAGCUUCAAUCGAAUUCUGAACAUUGACUUCGGCGGAACCUAUGGGCAAAGGCUCGGACACUUAACAAGGAUUGUGGCACACAUGCUCACAGCUCAAUCUCCCAUAGUCGGCCUGUCAUUCUACUACGAUCGACUUGAUCCAAUGCACUUCGGUCGCCAGGGCAUGACGGAGGUGUCUUUUCUUAUUGAUGGGCCGAGCGGCGAGAGGAUCCGAAGCGUAACAGUUGACCGAGCUUCGACCUCACAAGGCGUUGUCGCACUCAAAAUGUUGACAAGCUUUGGCAACGAAAUUACUUUCAUGGCUAAUUACUUUGCUGGGCCAUAUGUGGCAGAUUCCUCGAUGUUCUAUUCUCCAGAUGAGGCGCUGGAUACAAUUCAGUAUAUACAAGAAACUCUUGAGACACCACUGGGACAUAUUAUUGUAGGCUUUACAUCCGUUCUAGAGGCUGUCAGUGGCUCUUUUCAGACAUUCGGUCUGCAAUAUGAAAAAACAAAUGCCAGUGAAGCGCCCGAUAGCGGGCACCGAGGAAAACCGCGUAAAGGUGUAACUUCCGCAGACCUUGCCGAUUUUCGGGGAUCCUCAUUGAUAGGUGAAAAAUCGAAGGGCUGCCACGCGUACACUUCUGCGUCUUUGGAAGGGGUGAAGCGUAUACGCAUCUCACAAGGGUGCCACUCGCGUCCUCGACGAACAGGUGAGAUAUCGGGCUUGUGGCUAGAAUACAGUGAUUCGCACAGUCCUUGCAUCUUAGGGCAAUGGAUUUCAGAGAUCGACUCAUUUACUCUCGAAGAAGAUGAAGUGAUAACCGAGAUCCGCAUCUGGUUCUCCAAAGGUAGGAUAUCCUUCGCUGAGAGAUAUCCCCUUGGUCGUGUCAUCCGUAUAGCAAUCUCAACUCGGACGCAAUCUCAGACAUAUCCACUGGGAAAGCUCCCAGCCCCCAAUGAACGUACGGAGUUAGUAUUUCGGGGAAAUGAUGUAGAGUAUAUGUCGCGGUUUAUCUGGGCCUUCAAUGACUGCUGGGACUUUCCCCGUGUUAUUCUGAGCCCCAUAUCACCCAGGCAUCGUGUCUCCCUUUGGGACCCAAUGAAAACCCUGGAAGUCCGCCCUUGGAUGGCCCCGCGGAGAGCGCUAUGGAAGUUGAACAAUGGGGCUGGUCGGCUCAUUUCAGUGGAUUAUUUCCUGUACUUCCAGUCUUCGGAUAUCAUCGGGGGUUUGAGGUUCACUUAUGAGUCCGGAUAUUGUAUUGACAUAGGCUCUGUGGGUGAUACAACCAUAUCAUCUGGUAUGAACGUCGAAUCAGAUGACCGUAUCGAUCGCGUUGUGCUCUUCUAUGGUGCUGGAGGCCUGGUUAACAUCUCGCUUUCAUUUAACAAUUCAAAGAGCGGCCAGCUUAAUACCAGAGCACUCAGAAGUACCUCGAUGGUAUACCAAUCACACGACGUGAUAGACCUAUCCAAGAGACGGUACGAACUUUUUUCCGAUGCGUGUGGCUGGCUAGAGGGUGAAGGCGAUGUUCCUAGUGGUGAGGUGAUUGGGCUCUGGGGUUUUGACUCAGUACAAUGUGGUUUAUAUAUAGGGCUAAUUCUUUUAGAGGAAGAAACUGAUUAA